AUAAUAUUCGAAUAAGCCGAAUAGUACACAAGUGAUUUGAAGUUGUCAAGUGAAUUAUUUGACAGUUUUUUUGAAAGUUAAUUGCAGUAAAAAGUAGUAUUGUGUGAAGUUACAUCAAAAAAUGGUUAAAUCUCCAGCAAUUGGUAUCGAUUUGGGCACCACGUAUUCCUGCGUGGGUGUGUGGCAGCAUGGAAAAGUAGAAAUCAUCGCCAACGACCAAGGCAACAGAACAACACCCAGCUAUGUUGCUUUCACCGAUACAGAACGUCUCUUGGGGGACGCCGCGAAGAACCAAGUGGCGCUGAAUCCAAGCAACACAGUUUUUGAUGCCAAACGUCUCAUCGGCAGAAAGUUUGACGAUCCAAAAAUCCAACAAGACAUCCAACAUUGGCCGUUUAAAGUUAUAAGUGAUGGUGGCAAGCCCAAAAUUCAAGUAGAGUUCAAGGGCGAACUCAAAACUUUCGCUCCAGAAGAGAUCAGUUCCAUGGUUCUUACCAAAAUGAAAGAAACUGCAGAAGCCUACUUGGGUACCAAAAUAGCAGAUGCUGUCGUCACCGUUCCAGCCUAUUUCAAUGAUUCCCAAAGACAAGCUACCAAAGAUGCAGGUGCCAUAGCUGGUUUAAACGUUUUAAGAAUCAUUAAUGAACCAACAGCAGCAGCCUUAGCUUAUGGUCUUGAUAAGAAUCUGACAGGUGAAAAGAAUGUACUUAUUUUCGACUUGGGUGGAGGUACUUUCGACGUCUCAAUACUCACUAUAGACGAAGGGUCCCUAUUUGAAGUGAAAUCUACUGCUGGUGACACUCAUCUUGGUGGUGAAGACUUCGACAACAGGUUAGUCAAUCAUUUUGCUGAUGAAUUUAAGAGAAAAUACAAGAAAGAUCUGAAAAGUAAUCCUAGAGCCAUUAGAAGAUUAAGAACAGCAGCAGAAAGAGCAAAACGUACUUUGUCAUCCAGUACUGAAGCCACCCUUGAAAUUGACGCCCUUUACGAAGGUAUCGACUUUUAUACCAGAAUCAGCAGAGCAAGAUUUGAAGAAUUAUGCUCCGAUUUAUUCAGAGGUACGUUACAACCUGUAGAAAAGGCUCUGAAUGACGCUAAGCUUGAUAAAGGGCACAUUCAUGACAUUGUUCUCGUCGGAGGCUCUACAAGAAUUCCAAAGAUCCAGCAACUACUACAAAACUUAUUUAAUGGAAAGACUCUUAACCUGUCAAUUAACCCAGAUGAAGCAGUAGCCUAUGGAGCCGCAGUUCAAGCAGCUGUUUUAAGUGGAGAGACACAUUCCAAAAUCCAAGAUGUUUUGUUAGUUGAUGUUGCUCCCUUAUCACUAGGUAUCGAAACAGCUGGUGGUGUUAUGUCAAAAAUUGUCGAAAGAAACUCCAGAAUUCCUUGCAAGCAGACUCAGUCAUUUACUACAUAUUCUGACAAUCAACCUGCAGUAACCAUUCAAGUGUUUGAAGGCGAGAGAGCAAUGACAAAAGAUAACAACCGUCUGGGAACAUUUGAUCUCACUGGUCUUCCUCCUGCACCUCGUGGAGUUCCAAAAAUCGAAGUCACCUUCGACUUAGACGCUAAUGGUAUCCUCAACGUUUCAGCAAAAGACACUAGUUCAGGCAAAUCCCGAAACAUCACUAUUAAGAACGAUAAAGGCCGCCUCUCACAGCAAGAAAUCGACAGAAUGUUAUCAGAAGCAGAACAAUACAAAGAAGAAGAUGAACGUCAAAGACAAAAAGUUUCGGCUAGAAAUCAACUUGAAAGUUACAUUUUCCAACUCAAACAAGCUGCUCAAGAAUCUGGAGACAAGCUAUCAUCCGAAGACAAAGCCACUGUUGAACGAGAAUGUGAUAGUUGCUUGAAGUGGUUGGAUAAUAACAGCUUAGCCGAAAAAGACGAAUUCGAAGAUAAACAGAAAGAAUUGACUAGAGUAUGUAGUCCUAUUAUCUCCAAAUUGCAUCAAUCUGGAGGUCCUAGCAACAAUCCGUACGGAGGAGGAAUGCCUGGUGGCUGUGCAGGACAAACGGCUGGUGAUUAUGGAGGACAAGGAAACGGAAGUGGACCAACCAUUGAAGAAGUAGAUUAAAUGUGUCAUUUUCAUUUUUCGAUAUGAUUCCUAUUUGUAAGACUGAUUUUUUUAGAUGUAAGUUUUUUUUAUAAUUUUUCUAUGUACUCAUUUACUUUGUUUUUAAAAGUAAUAUAAAAUAAACAAUAUUAACCUUGUUUUUAUUUGCC